AUGCAUACUAUCAAUUCAUCUUCUGGCUCUACUUCCAUGGCAUCCAGAAAGAAAGCAAAACUCAAGACCGUGAAAUUAGACGCGUCUUCAGAGCCUCCGAACAAGAAACUGAGAAGUCCGGUUUUGCCUUCAGUUGAUCGUGAUGAUGAUAGGCUCUGGGUGGACAAGUAUGAGCCAACGAUUGAGGCCGAUCUGGCGGUACACAAGCGCAAAGUUGAGGACGUGCGGAGGUGGCUAUCGGAGGCCUUUGAAGGAGGGCCGACUGGGAAGCUGCGAAAAUAUCGCCGGAUUCUGGUUCUCACUGGACCUGCUGGUACCGCAAAGACCACUACACUACGUGUGUUAGCCCGAGAGAUUGGUUUUGAGAUCGUCGAGUGGCGCAACAGCAUGAGCGAACGCGGCCCGAAUGGCUCUUGGAUGAAUACAGAAGCAUUAUUCGACAAAUUUCAGGCAUUCCUCACGAGAGCUUCUUCAUGUUGCAACAUUUUCGCGACAAGCUCUACAAUUGCGUCAACGCAGUCACAAUCUCACAACCAGUUAAAAUUCAUAUCACAGCCAUCCACGCCAUCCCAACCCUCCACUUCCUCGAGCCACCCUUUUAACCGCCACUUGAUCCUUCUGGAGGACCUGCCUAAUAUCUUACACCUUCCUACGCAAGCGCGAUUUCACGAUGCCUUGCAGUCACUCUGCGCCUCUUCUGAGUCCGGACCCCCAGUUGUGAUCAUCAUAUCCGACUCAGGUCUCCGCGGCGAGAAUGCUUAUAACGAUGAUGCGUGGGAUGGCGCGGGCGGUGCGCACUGGUCCAAGAAAGAAACUAUAGACAUAAGAAGUCUUCUCGGAGCUGAUCUUUCCGCUAGCCCAUAUGUCACGCGUAUCGCUUUCAAUCCUAUUGCACCGACGCUGAUGACCAAGGCACUGCAGGCGAUGCUCACUAACCAUUUCGCGUCUACUUCUGAAAAGCCACCAGGCAAAGAUGUUGUAGAUAUGAUUGUUGAGUCGUCGAAUGGGGAUAUCAGGAGCGCGGUGAUGGCACUGGAGUUUGCAUGUGUAGUAACGUUGACUAAAGGUGGUGGAAAGGGAAAGGCCCGACGGAAUACGACCGGAAGUGGGGGUGCACGGGCUAUCUUGGAGGUUGUGACGCGAAGAGAACAGAGUCUAGUGCUAUUUCAUCUAAUGGGAAAGAUAUUAUAUAACAAACGCAAGGGAGACCCUCCGGCAGCACAUCUCUCCACCAAAGAUGCCGCAAAGGAGCGCGAGGUAGAUGAAACGCUCCUAGAUCCAUUACCCCUGCCAAAAUGGCUCUCGGAACAUGAUCGGAAGGCGAGUCGAGUUUGCCUAGAGACGAUUGCAUCAGAUUCGCCCAUUGACUCAUCGCUCCUGGGAUUGUACAUCCACGAAAAUUAUACCAUGUUCUGUACGGAUGUCGAUCAAUGUGACGGGAUCUGUGAUGGGCUUAGUUGGGUUGACUGUGUCGGUGGUCACCUGCCAUCCACCACACCACACGCCUUUCCAACGCUUGUAUUAUCCACGCUUCAUUCUCUUCCGACACCGGUUCCACGAAAAGGACAGAAGGUGUGCAAGCCCUCAUGGUUCGAUGUACGUAAUAAGGAGCAGGAUGCAUCCGAAGGCGUAGGCGAUGUCGUGACCUGGUUAGCACACGGAGGGGCAGACGGCGAGCGAGCACCAGGAAGAUGGACACAUGCGGACAUUGCAGUUGAGCUAGGUGGCUGGUUGCGCGCUGUUGACCGCACUGGCAUUGCUCAAUUUCAGGCCCCGCGAACACACAGACUUUUCUCGUGCCUUCCGUGGGGUGCAGGAGGUGUUGGUGGGAAUGUCCUUGGAGAAGAUGAGUAUGCGGAAGCAGAUGAAGCUGAUGGCGAGAGUGAUAUCAGGGUUUUUGGAGCUUUGAGAGAUCAAAAGGAAGGAAAGGGCUGGUUGGAGAGCGACGAUAUAGAGGAGGCAGAGUAG